AGUAUACCUUACCUCCUGGGCGGGAUUAUAGAUCACGAGAACCAUCGAAGUUCCAUAUUUGAACCAGAACCGAGCUGCAGGCCAGAGCAGCGAGCGGGUGCUGUCUCCAGAAGUAAGUCUGAGUUAAUUACGAGAAUCGCUGAUCUGACAGUUUCGCAAUUGGACCCUGAAAAUCUUAUUGAAGCGAACCGCCAAGCAAAGCGGAGCGAAGCCCGACUCCGUAGAUGCCGGGCCGGAACCGUGCGGAUGGCUUCUGCUUUUGUUCUGGCGUUCUGGCGCUGGUAG